AUGGGUCUCUCACGCUUCAUUCAUGUUCUGUCGUUCUUGUCGCUUGCUAUACUCACAUAUGCCUCCCCAUUAUCAAUACCUACGAAAAGAUUUAACACCUCUAGUACUGUCCAAUUCGAAGUCACACUGACAUGGGAGGACUACUCACCGAAUGGAGGAACACCACGCAAGAUGAUCCUCACUAAUGGGACAUUUCCUGGUCCUCCGUUAAAGGCGCAGGUUGGCGACUGUGUCGAGUUCCUCGUCCACAAUCAGCUUCCAGAUGAAACGACAAUCCAUUUCCACGGUAUUGUCCAGCAGGGAACACCAUGGUCAGAUGGCGUACCAGGAUUAUCGCAACGACCUAUCGCUCCCAACUCUUCUUUCCUCUACAAAUGGACCGCCGAUGCGUCCGGAUCAUACUUUUACCACGCCCAUUACCGUUCGCAAAUCAUGGACGGCCUAUACGGUGCCAUUAUAAUCUCAGACAACGAGGCCUCGAAGCCAUUUUCGCUCAUCAGCAACGAUUCGUCAGCGAUCGCAGCAAUGGAAGCCGCAGAGAAAGACCAGCAGACCGUAUUCGUCGCAGAUUACUACAAGUACACCUCGCAAGAAUUACAUGAGCAAGAAAAGGCCGCCAACAUCGACUUCGCUUGUGCCGACUCGAUCCUCUUGAACGGAAUGGGUGCUCAAUGGUGUCUGAGUCGGGAUGAAAUCACAGCCUACACCAGCCCCAUAGUCCAAGGCAUUCUGUCCUCGGCGAGUCCACCACAACUCACCAACAAGGGCUGUCUGCCUCCAAACCUGGCAGCCAUCCAGGGCAAUUUCACAUUCGACACAGCCGCUCUCCCAUCAAAUGCGUACGAAGAAUGCACAGCAUCCUUCGGGUCAAUGGCCACCUUUGAAGUGGAUCAAGCCAAGGGAUACGCCGCCUUCACCUUCAUCAACCCAGGCGGCUUCGAACUCCUCAAGUUCACAAUCGACGGGCACAAAAUGUGGGUCUACGCCGUCGACGGCGGGUACAUCACGCCCCAACUCGUCGACCAAGUCGUGAUCAACAAUGGCGACCGCUACUCCGUUCUCAUCCCUCUCGACCAAACGCCCGCACAGUACGCGCUCCGCGUCGCGAACGACGGCUUCAACCAGAUCAUCAGUGGCUUCGGGAUCCUCAAUUACACCGGCUCAACCGGUCCCGCGAACGCCGACCCCAACGCCCUAUCAGCCAUGAACUUCGCCGGCACGAAUCUGACCGACAUCACCAUAUUCGACGACGACCGGGCAGCGCCGUACCCACCGUCCGCGCCCGCCCCCGAAGCGGACGUCACAUACGCAUUCAACAUCAAGAAAAUGGGUCAACCGUACGGCGCGUACCAAUGGACGCUUGGCGGUCUCGAGGCGUUCAACAUGAGCAUGGAAGAUUCCACACCCUUACUCUCCGAGAACCCCGCAUCGAUAGACGAAAGCGACCUCAUUUACAAAACUACAAUGGGCCAAUGGGUCGAUCUGAUCGUCCAGACUGAUGGGCCUUUAGCCCAACCGCACCCGCUGCACAAACACAGCAACAAAGCGUACGUGCUAGGCCGGGGCGUUGGACCAUGGACAUGGAGUUCUGUCAGUGAAGCCGCGAUCGAAUUGCCAGAGGGGACAUUCAAUCUUGUGAAUCCACCACUACGCGAUGGUUACACAACAACUCCCAUCCAAGGAAACAGCACAUGGCUCGCCCUGCGCUACCAAGUCGUCAACCCUGGAGCCUUCCUGUUUCAUUGCCAUAUCCAGACACACAUGUCCGGCGGUAUGGCUGUCGUUCUGCUCGAUGGCGUGGAUGCCUGGCCUACGAUGCCCGUCGAAUAUACAUCCGGCAACAACGGCACGUUACCUUCGCCACCUCCUGCGCUGCAGAAGAAGGUCAGGAUGCGGGCUAGGAAUUGA